AUGGGAAACCCGAAGGACGCCAGUUUCCUUGUCCACACACUGUAUGAGCAGUGUAAGGGUGAUGCGACGUCACUCAAUCGAUUGUUGCGUCAACGUGUGUCGCCCCGAGGCAAUCGCUUUGAGCGGGACACACCAGACACUUUUUUGUACAUUGAACGCAGCAAGAACCGCAAUAUUGUUGCAUACGCGGCAAGACUGUUGGAUGCGGUGACGCAGAAGUCUGUGUCGUCAGGUGCUGGUCGCUCUUGCAUCAUGGAUCACUCCAACCCUGUUCACGCCUACUUUAUCGUUCUGGAGUCCGCUAAAUUUAAAGAAAAUCAGGAAAAUGUCGUCAUGAGUGAAAUUAAAGAACUCAAUUUUAUUGAGCGGAGACUUGCGUAUGGUUGCAGCGCCAAGCCGAUUUGUAGGACGAUGUCGGAUUCCAUGAAGGAGGGUAUUGGGCCGUGGCUGAAACAAUUUGACACCCAUGCUUUGACGUACGUUGCGCUACCAGGGCAUCCGCUGUUGUUGCUGCUGCUUCCGCCUCUUGGCGGCGGAACGGAGAAUGGUGCGGAGGCGGAAGGUACCGGUCAGA